GUUUCAACAUGGAGCGGUUGGAUAAAGAUUAAAGAGGCAUUGUGGGCUGCAUAAUACUGAUAAACCCUACCUACCUACCUAGCCCAUUCCAUGACUGUCGACCCAGCCCAUACCUCUUCACGUCUGUCUCCCUCUGACCAGCGUCCUGUCCUCCUCUUCAGUCCGACGCCAACUUCUUAAUCUUCUCCUUCUUCGCUUUUUGCUUUCGUCUUCCUUUUUUCUCCUUCAUCCUUUGAUUUUUCUUCGUCUUCCUUUUUCCUUUCUUUUUUCUUCUGCCUCGUCACAUUUACAGGAAAGCCAAGCCAAGACUUGAGAGGAAAAGUUAAAACUCCUAAUCGUCAUGGAGAACGGUGAAAUUCCCGAAAACGCCAAUGAACAUUGCCCGGGUCCUCAAUCCGAUUCUGCUGGAAAAUCUGAUGCGUGCGAAGGAUGCCCGAAUCAACAAAUUUGUGCUACUGCUCCAAAGGGCCCUGACCCAGUUAAUAUCUGGCAUUUCGUUGGAGCUAUGAAUUAAAACACUUUAUAUGUAUCAAAAUAAUCUCAGACGUGGUUGCAAUUGCAGAAAGGAUGGCCGCUGUAAAGCAUAAGAUACUGGUUUUAUCAGGAAAAGGUGGAGUUGGCAAGAGCACAUUCUCCGCCCAACUUGCAUUUGCACUAGCAGCUAUGGACUUUCAGGUGGGUCUUCUUGACAUUGACAUUUGUGGCCCGAGCAUCCCAAAGAUGCUUGGCCUAGAAGGCCAAGAAAUCCACCAGAGCAACCUUGGCUGGUCUCCUGUAUAUAUUGAAUCCAACCUUGGGGUCAUGUCAAUUGGAUUCAUGCUUCCAGAACCUGAUGACGCUGUUAUAUGGAGGGGGCCACGCAAAAAUGCGCUCAUUAAGCAAUUCUUGAAGGAUGUUUAUUGGGGUGAGCUUGAUUUUCUAGUAGUUGAUGCUCCUCCUGGGACCUCAGAUGAGCACAUUGCAAUUGUUCAAUACCUCGAUGCUGGUUCAAUAGACGGUGCAAUCAUAGUCACCACUCCACAACAGGUCUCCCUGAUUGAUGUUCGGAAAGAAGUAAGUUUCUGCAAGAAAGUUGGAGUUCAGGUCCUAGGGAUUGUUGAGAAUAUGAGUGGCUUGUGCCAGCCAGUGAUGGAUUUCAAAUUUUUGAGGAUGACAGAGGCCGGUGAGCAAAUAGACGUCACAGAAUGGGCAAGGGAGCAUCUGAAAGAGAGAGCGCCGGAAUUUCUAAGCAUAAUCGCUUGCACUGAAGUGUUUGAUAGUAGCCGUGGUGGAGCUGAAAGAAUGUGCAGGGAAAUGGGGGUACCUUUUCUGGGGAAGGUACCAUUGGACCCCCAGCUUUGCAAGGCAGCUGAAGAAGGCAGAUCUUGUUUUGUUGAUCAGAAGUGUGCGGUGAGUGCACCUGCACUGAAGAAAAUCAUAGAUAAAAUGAUGGAAAAUCAGGGAUUAUCUAGAAUGUCGGUAGACAACAAUGCAUAAGUGAUGGUUUUCAGAUCAAGAUUUUGUUCAUUUUUUACCUCAACACUUUAAUGGUUGUGUGGAAUAUAUGUUUUUUGGCAUGUGAA